AUUGAUCCCCAAACAUUUAUUAUACUAAAAUAAUUUAAUAAACACUUCUUUAAUUAAUAGCACAAUGAACAACAACAAUAAUAAUGACAAUAGUGGAUCAUCCCAUCUGACUCCCUGGGGAACCCUAUCCUAGACCAUAUUCCCCUUAGUUAAUAUAUAUUUAAUCUGUCUAAAUUUCUUCAUUAACUUUUCUUUCCUCUUCCCUUAUUAAUUAGACUUUGCUUAGAUCCAAUGGGAUUUCUUAAUUUUUUCUUACAUUUCAUCUUUUGUGAUAACUGGUGCCAUUGGAUAUAGUAGUUGUAAAUCAAACUUGUGCAUAAGAAAAUUGACCAUAAAACAGCUGAAGUAUAAAAGACUGCACUAUUUCAGUGAAUAUAUUUAAAUGUAACGUACCCAUUGGAUAUAUAUUUCAAAGUGAAUUUGUAGAAAUGACUAAGUUACAUUCUACAUGCACUACUAAAAUGUUGCAAGAUGUACUUUUUAUGUAUAUCAUAAAACCAAAACAUUAUAGGGAUUUCUUCCAAAAUGCAAAACUGUAGAACAGAACCAACAAACAAGAUGCAACUCCUAAAAAAAAUUGGUAUAGAAAAGUCAACAAAUGUUACCAAGUUCAUCCUUAUAGGAUUCAGGAAUCCUCAACAGCUACAAUUUCUUUUGUUCUCCCUCUUUCUUUUAAUCUAUAUGAUAAUUUUGGCUGGGAAUAUUCUGAUAGUUGUACUUGUUAUAAAAGAUAAACAGCUUCAUACACCGAUGUAUUUCUUUCUUGGAAAUUUUUCCUUCAUAGAGACAUGCUAUAGUUCUACUGUUCUUCCCAAAGCUUUGAUCAGUCUUCAAACUGGGGACAGAUCCAUUUCAUUCCAACUGUGUUUUAUUCAACACUAUUUCUUUGCCUCACUAGGAGCUGUUGAAUGUUAUCUCUUAUCUGUAAUGUCAUAUGAUCGGUAUUUAGCUAUCUGUCACCCUUUACAUUACGCAAACAAAAUGAAUGGUAAAUUCUGUCUGAAGUUAGUUGGCAGCUCUUUUCUUAGUGGAUUUUUGGCUAUUUCUACAACAAUUGCAUUACUGUCCAGCUUAGAUUUUUGUGGACCAAAUGAAAUUAAUCAUUUCUUUUGUGAUGUCUUCCCACUCAUAGAAUUGUCUUGCAGUGAUACCCAUCUCCUAAAAAUUCUAAUUUAUCUUAUUUCCUUUUUGUUCACCGUACCUCCAUUUUUGCUUACUGUAAUUUCAUAUGGUUGCAUUAUCACUGCUGUCCUGAAAAUCACCUCCAGCAGUAGCAGACAAAAAGCUUUUUCUACAUGUUCAUCUCAUCUUAUUGUGGUUACCCUUUUUUAUGGCACCAUAACAAUUGUCUAUAUCUUACCCAAUACUGAUACACUGAGGAACCUUAAUAAAGUGUUUUCUGUCUUCUAUGCUGUUUUGACACCCAUGAUAAAUCCACUUGUCUAUAGCUUGAGAAACAAUGAAGUAAAGAAAGCACUGAGAAAACAUAUGUGUCAGUUAUUUAUCAAUUUGUUAUCUUUAUCAACAAAGCUAUGUAGGUCUAUGUCUUUAAGAAUUGUCUGUCCUCAAUAUGAUAAUUAGCCCUUUGCAUAGUUCAUCUUUCUUUGGUUAUUGAUAUGAAUUUUUCUAGUUGAAAUCACCAUAUAGAAGAUGAAAUUCUAAAUUGUGAAAUUUUGGCCUAUCUAUUUUUCCACAUCACUAGUGGGUGUGUAGAACUAGAUCCACCCUAUUUUAGACUUUGGUUAUAAUUUAUUAUUGAACAUUUUCUUUUAUCCGUUCAUAACACCACACCAUAAGUAAAGAUAGGAAGGAGGCAUGGACUGCAUGAGUUUUUGCAGUUUUUUGUGAUAUCAUGCUUCUGAAUUAGUUUGUAAUUCUAAAACAUAAUUCAAAUUUAUAUACAUGCUUGUGACUCUUUCUCCUAAUAAAGUCACUUUUAUAUUUUAAAGAUGUUUAUUUGUUUUUGUGCAUCAAUAUACACAUAGAAAGAGCAAAAGGGAGAGUAUAUUUUGGCAACACAAUCCUUAAUUGUGGAUUUUAGCAACUUUCUGUUCUUUGGAAAAUGGAACUUCACAUUUCAAAACAAAGAUGUGUAUCCAUUUAUUCAGGAAGUACUAAAAAGAUCUUCACAGUAAAUGCAAACUGAAUACAUUUGUUUUAAAACAAGUUAUUUUUUUAAAAAAAACACCGUAUUUUUAAUUUUUUUCUUUAUCUGACAAAACUAUUUAAUUAAUAACAUAGGAUAAGGGUGUCAAACUUGGAACUCACGUGUCAUGUUGCAACGUAUCAUGACAUUUUUUUCCAUUGCCAGCAAUGGGGUGGGCGUAGUUUCACCAUGAUGCAUCCAGCCGGUGGGCUUUCAGUUUGACACCCCUGACAUAGAGAAACAAAACUGGAAAUGGUCAAGAUUAUGAAGAUUGCUGUCUUCAAAAGAAAACAGAUUCUUUCCAUACUCUGGAAAUAUAUUGUAUAUUCCCUAUGUGCAUUUCCAAUAAAGCUGAAUUUUCAACUUCAAA